AUGAGUGAAGCAGAACCUCACAGCUGGGAGAACGGCGUCCCGGUUUUCCGACCAAAUUACGAUGACUUUAGGGAUUUCCACGAGUACAUGGUAAAAGUCAACAAAUAUGGUAAGAGAAGCGGUAUAGUGAAGGUAAUUCCGCCAGAAGAAUGGGUCUCACAAUUAGAGAAACCGCUGGGGCCUGAGACACUGCAAAAAAUCCGGAUCAAAUCACCCAUCCAGCAACAUUUCAAUGGUUCGAAAGGUGUUUUCGUGGUACAGAAUGUGGAAAAACCCAAGACGUACAAUAUCAUACAGUGGAAAGAUUUAUCGUAUGAUUAUCGUCUUCCGGGUGGAUCAAGUGACUAUACAGGUGGUGGGGCAGAAAAUCCCCAUAAUUCUUCAACGGACGACCAUCGCCAGGAAACGGAUGGAGUGAGAAAAUCACCUUCACCGCUUAAAUCAUCAAAAGUUAAGCUAAGAAAUCACGAAAGCUUCUCCAAAGAAGACUACGAAAACUUUGCACAUCACUACAAUCACGAUAGUCUAAGCGAAUUCCAUGAUCCAAAAAGGUUACAAUUUUUGGAGUCCUACUUUUGGAAGACCUUAGCAUUUACACCACCCAUGUAUGGUGCAGAUACACUAGGAACACUGUUUCAAGAAAACCUCGAUGUGUGGAACGUAUCCAAACUGCCGAGUCUUCUGGACCACGUGCGCACCAAGGUUCCGGGUGUUAACGACUCCUACCUAUACGCAGGCCUGUGGAAAGCGUCAUUUGCUUGGCACUUAGAGGAUCAGGAUCUUUAUUCUAUUAACUACAUUCACUUUGGAGCUCCUAAACAGUGGUAUGCGAUUCCACAGGAGCACUCUGAUAAAUUUUACAAGUUCAUGCAAGAACAGUUUCCGGAGCACUCGGCCAAGUGCGACGAGUUUCUGAGACACAAGACGUUUCUUGUCUCUCCCAAGACACUAGAAAAAAACGGUAUACCGUGCAACAAAAUCGUGCACUAUCAAAAUGAAUUCAUUAUCACAUAUCCUUACGGUUAUCACGCUGGGUUCAAUUACGGGUACAACCUAGCAGAAUCAGUCAAUUUUGCAUUAGAAGACUGGCUUGAUAUAGGAUCGAAGGCUAAAAAAUGUCUGUGCGUUGACGACGCAGUCGGCAUCGAUGUCGAAAAACUGAAAAAUGAUUGGGCCAUUGGUAAACAGAAACGAGGCAUAAAUGAAAUCAAGGAGGAGCCUUCCGAUUUCCGUAACCCACGAAAAGAUACUGUCAAAAAGUUAAGAAUGGAAGCUCAAGCAAGCAGUCCUGUACUGAAAGGAGAAAAAAUAGCGAAAACAGCCGAUGUAAAGAAGGAGAAAUCAAACUUCGAGGUAGUGUGUCCCACUCCUGGACGUUCUUUGGCAUUCAACAGAUUGUCUGAUCGAGAAACAACUAAAAUGAAAGGCUUUAACGAGCUAUUACACCAUAGCUCUUAUGAGCUACAGAGUAUGGAAGAUAAUGCCCAACAGAGUGCUAUACGAUCUACCACUCCCAACCCUGGUCAAUACUACAGCGGGCUUAGUCAAUCCUUGAGCCGCAUAUCAUCCCCUCUACUUUCUCGCAUGAUGGAUCUGUCUAAUAUUGUCGAACCGACUUUGGAAGAUCCGACUUUAAAAUUUAAGAAGAAUAUUUCGGCUCAAACACAGGGCGCGAAUCCGUCUCAAACAACUCAGAUGCUUGAUGACCAUGAUGACAACAUGCUAGCACUCAGUUUGGCUUCCAUGGCGAGUGGCGCUUCGUCUCCUAGGUACCCACUUCCGCCUAUACAACCGAGACCAUACUCACCAGCAGGGGCAGGGGAUACUAUGUUGGCAUCAGGACCGAUGUACGAGCAAAAUAACCCAUUCAGCUACUAUUCAUCAUUCAAAAGUGCCGUCAACUCACCCCAACCUAGUUCACCGGGUCUCUCAAAUCUUCCUUUCAUAAAAAGGCUCAAAAGUCCUAAUAGAGUCACGCUCAAUAUAUCUCGAGAAUCCUCGAGAAGUCCGGUUUCGUUGAAUGGAGAGUUCAAGUCACCAUUAUCAACCAAACUCCCGACCAACGGGACAACGGCAAUUAAUUCCAACCUAAGCCAAACGACCACGAUAGAUAGGUCAUCCCCUUCGUCGCCUGCGGAAGUGAAGCCAUCAGUUCCAGAAUCCCCAAAAAGACCUGCCACGCAAUCGAAGAUAAGUUCUGAUGAAAUCAUCGUUUCAGACAAAGGAAAAGUAUACGUAUGCCAAGAGUGCAAGCGUCAAUUUUCGUCUGGACACCAUCUUACACGGCAUAAGAAAUCAGUCCAUUCUGGAGAGAAACCUCACUCUUGUCCGAAGUGCGGGAAGAAAUUCAAAAGGCGUGAUCACGUACUGCAGCACUUGAACAAAAAGAUUCCGUGCACGGUGGACGGCGGCGAAAGUCCACCACCAAAAUCCGCUGACAACAGUAGAGAGCUCGUGGUGGAAAACAGAGAAGACCGGUAUGUUGAGACUUUGAGUGAUGGCGCUUUGCGAAGUGUUUGA